AGCUCACGCUCGCGCUCCGGUGCGUACGGUAUAGGUAGGUACGGUCAGAGUUCGUGCAUGCGUGUCGUCAGGAACUACUUUCUGCUGUUGUGAAUUGAUAAAUUUCAUUAUCUAGAAAGUCAUGGCAGUUCCAAAAGAGAUAGCACAGAAUUUAGACGAUUUCAAGGCAGCACUAAAUGAAGUAGAAGAUGUAUUCAAACCUAUAAAUUCAGUCAGCUUAGCCGAUAUCAAUGGAAAGCUGGAUGCAUUGGACAGGGCCAAGUUACAACUUGUCUUUGCGUAUUCCAUCAAUUCAUUCUUCUGGAUGUACCUAUGCACACAAGGUGUUGAUGCAAGGAGCCAUCAAGUCAAACAAGAAUUAGGCAGAAUACAGAAGUACAUGGCGAGGGUGAAGGAAAUUGCUGAUAAAAAGAAAGCUGCCAAACUGGAUACUGGAGCAGCGAAGAGGUUCAUCAGGAAUGCUCUGUGGGAAAAUGAAUCUGGUGAAGGUCAAUCUCAGACGACGAAAAGGAAAGGGCAGAAUGAGCCAGCAGGUCCUUCUAAGAAAUCGAGAUGAUGAGGACUCACAGAUUUUAAAGACUUUCAUGGACUGACUAUUUUUUAGAGAUGUGCACUGCACUGCAACAGCCUUUUUUUUUUCUUAUGUGCCAUGGAGGUGGGAGGAAUAUCAUGAAGCUGAAAUUUUGGUCUCCUGAGGAAUGAGCAUGUUUACACUGCAACAUCCUUUUUCAUAUGGAUCACGGAGUAGAGAGAAAUGUCUUGAAGCUUCCAUUUUGAAUUGCUGAGGAACUGCCAUGUUUACUCUGCAACAUCCUUUUUCAUAUGAAUCAUGGGGGAGAGAGCUGGUGUGAAACUUCAGUUUUUAUCUGAUGAGGAAGAGCCAUGUUUACACCACAACAUCCUUUUUUUAUCAUAUUUACCGUGGAGGAGAGAGAAAAAUCUUAAAGCUACAGUGUCAAUCUGCUGAGGAAGAGCCAUUUUACACCGCAACAUCCUUUUCUUUUUCAUAUGGAAAGAGGAAUGUCUUGAAGCUUCAAUUUUGAUCUGCUGAGGAAGGGCCAUGUUUACACAACAUCCCAUUUUUCAUAUGGACCAUGGAGGAGAGAGAAAUAGCGUGAACCUACAUUUUCGAUCUGCUGAGAAAAUGUUUUACAGAGAGUGACAUGUUUUACGUAGAGCAUCAUGAUAUUGCGUUGGACAUUGUCCCGACAACUAUGUCAGUAUGAUUGUAAACAAGCAAUGUGAUAUAUUAUGUUAUAGAUCUGAUAUCCUUACUCCUUUUUACCAAGCAUUGACCCAUUUGGGACUAUUUAUAUUUUUAACAGUAAAGUUUUUAGGGUAUUCCGUACAGAUACGAAGCUGCAUGCUAACGCCUUUACACCAUAUUGAAUGCAAAAAUCAUUAUCAAUUGGAGACAUGUACAUGUUAAAUUGACCACUUUGUCAAAGUAGAUUUUAUGUGGUGUUAUUUUGAUUUCUAUGUUGUCUCUCCAAGUAACUUUUUGGGAUCUACUCCCUAUCUCGGCUAUAUAAGCGAAUAUAACCACCAAUCCUCAAAUUUGUAAGAAUUCUUCGUAGGAUAUUUAAAAAAUAUCGAACAAUAUGGAGGUAAUUUGGAAAUUCUUUAGAGUGGAGGUAUAAAGCUUUAGAACACUCAAUGCUGCCGCCAGUUGCUUAUAGUUGAGUGUACUAGGAAAGAUAAAACUCAAUGCUGGACUGUCUCAAUGGCAUGGGUUUGAAUCCCACUCUUCAUGGCUAAUGAUGAUAUUUUUAUUUAUAUAUUUACAACGAUAGCAUUCAUUCAGUUGGGCAAUAUUGAAUUUUGGCAAUAAAACCAAGAAACUUGACUAAAAUUCCACUUGGUGUGGCAGAUUUAAAGGUCAUAUCCACCGGGCACCCCAAAAAAAGUGGAUUUGAAUAUUGCUGAAAAUUUCAUCAACAUCUGAUAAGAAAUACGGAAGUUAUGACAUCUUUGCUUUUUGCUUAAUCUUUACAAAAUAGGACCAAGGUUUGUUGCUUCAUACAUGUAUAUGAACAAGGAUUUACUGAUUACAAGUGUGGAUCUCUCUGUGUGCAUUGUUUUCUGUGUUACACCAGUUGAUACAAUUGGUACAUAUCAUAUUAUAUCAGGGUCAGGGAUCUGUCAUGAUAACAAAAGCACAAUUUCUAUAACAAAUUUAUUUUUAGCCAAUCGAUUUGAAUGAUUUCAGUAGCUUUAAGCUUUUAUCGCAAAUUUGUUGUAACAAGUUUUAUGAAACAGGCCACUGGUGUGAAAAUAAUCUGCUCAGUUGAAUAGUUGGAAGCGCACCAUGUUAAUGGGUAACACCUGACGAUAAGGCCGUCUUUUUACGGAGACUAUUUACAGGAUGACAUUACGCACAAGAUGCUCCCUGCCAUUUGAUUCGGUCAUAUAUGUGUACAUUUAUUGUUUUUAUGUGAUGUUUUGCUGUCAAAGUAUUUGCUUAAAAUGAUGUUCAGGUGACUCUUCCUUUUAAGUCAAAUCUCUUGAGAAGACAAAAAUCUUAUGCAACAUUUUAUUGUUACAUGCUUUGCAUAUUCUGGUCUGAAAUGCUUGAUCUAGAGUGAAUAGGUGGUUAUUAGCGCGUUUUCGCCCAGCGUCGUACGACGCUAUCUACGACGUAGAACGAUCUCUUGGUUCGUGCGUCCGUCGCGCUCAACUCUCGCUUGUAAGCAGUUUCGCAAAUCGCUGAACGCGGCCGGAUCGACCGGAAGUACGUAGACUGCAUGACGUCACCACUACUAGGGAAAAUCCCGCGCCCGCAUGCACGCGAUGGGCGAAUGUGUUUACAUCGGCUCAGCUUGCUCGCUCUACAAGCGAUCUGAUUGGCUGUUGACGGCUGUUGACAAAUCCUACGUUCUAAUGCGGACGCCCGCUAAUUUGCGGAAGAACCGUCCGUGAUUUGAGCUCAAGAACGCUCGGGCCUCUGUUUCCAUGGAAGUUGGCGAUUUUUGCACACGACCCUUACGUUCUACGUCGUACGACGCUGGGCGAAAACGCGCUAUUGACUGGAGAACCUACGGUAACAACAUGAAUGCUGAGAGGAUCUGAUAAACAUGAUGCCCUCAUAUUCAAGGAUGUAACCAUAUUCCUCUCUGCCUGUGGCCCUCAGGGGUCAACUUUCCAUAUUAAAGAGCAUUCAAUUUUCCAUCGUUCAACGAAUAGCCAAAUCAAAGUGCUUUUUCAGACCAGAAUGUGCAAUGUAUGUUUUAUUUAGCACGUUGAAUUUCGCCUUAGUCGGACAGAGUUCUGUGGUCCAAAGGGAUUCAAAUUCAGCAGAUUCUUUGUAGUUGGUUGCAUUUGUGUUUACUUUGGUGGGGUGUUACUGUUUCAUAAAGCUGUUUGAAGUUAGGAAUUACUUUACAAAGAACUUACGAUACCUUCUUGGGUGCUCUCAUCUGUUUCUCAUUGAUUUUAUUUAGAUGUAGCACAAGAUGGUACAUGUAUCUCCAGUCGUGCGCAAAGUCAGUUGUAACUUCCGAACACCUUUAUGGAACACCCACCAAGUACCAAAUUUCCAAUCAGAUCAUCCCUCUGCCGUACUUAUUUGCAUAUUAUCUCUGGAGCAGGUUAACUUUAUACACAAGGUUAACUGAAGUCUUCACUUUUAUCUAAUGUACUAUAAGGCCCUGUCACAUCUGUCUGUGCAACCGCAUGUUCAAAACUUUUCUGCGUGCAAAUCAGACUUGAGUGCGCUUCUGCGGGCACCUGCGUGUGAGAUACAUGCGAGAUAAUGUCAAUGCGGGUAGUAAAAAUGCUAAUAACUGCAAGUUGCAUGCGAGGCUUCCACGGAACGAUGCGACAGGGCCUUUCUGAUUAGACUGAACACAUCCUUUUUUUACUUUGGUUCAGUCAAUUGUGCCAUGAUUGGAGAACAAGAUGAGAAAAAAAAUCAGAAGACAAUAAUAAACGGCUUGUGCGUAUUUAUCACCUUUCA